AUGGAGGAAGAAACCGACAACAUCCCUGAGAUCGUGCAACACGAUUUCCCUAAAACCAACAAGAGAAAGCUUCAAAAACCCAGUGAUCGGUACGAGAUCUGGGGUUGGCUUAACUCGGAUGAUCAGGACCAGAAAGACGACCAAAUCUGUCGUAAAUCUGGUACUGAUCAUGCAGAGAUCGAGGCGAUGUUCGAUAAGGUCAAGAGAAGGAAGAAGAUGGAGGAAACAAGUUCUCCGGAAAUUGGAUUACUCGUUGAGAAAGCAAUGGCUCAAAUGGAGAUUGCUGCCACAGAAGACAUUGAGCUUAACAUCCAAAACAAACCUGCUAUUAGAAAGAUCCAAAUGCUGCCUCUUCUUACUGACUUUCUCUCCAAGAAAAAGCUGCAACAAGAGUUUUUGGGUCAUGGGCUUAGAAGAUGGAAGGAAGCAGUUGAAGAAGAGUGGGCGCUUGGUAAAGUCAUUAUGUUUUUUUCAAAAUCAGACGAGGAAACCACUGCCAAUCGAAAACUUGCCAAGCAUUUGGUCCAAAACUGGUGUCGAACCAUAUUCAACAAGACUACAAGCUACUCUAACAUCAGAAACAGCGUGAUUCCAAGGAUGAAGAAGCCAUUAAUGAAGCAAUCAACAAGGGUAGAAUUGAGGGAGGCAGAUUUAGAUUUGGAAGGUCCUCGCAGGCCAUGUUCAUCAGGAACAGCAAGCGGGUCUGUUUCAGUGCCUGAACCAGCACCGUGCGUUUAUGAGGUGAACCCUCUAACAAAUUUCAAACCAGAGUUUGCAAGACGUUAUCGGAGAUGUAGAGAAGUGAGAGAAAGCCAGUGUUUCAAAAGGAUAGAGAAGAAGAUGAGUGGACUGAACAAAUCGAAUAAGAAGACGACUCUGCAAGCUGCAAAACCUGCUGUUCGAUAUCAACCAGGUUAA